GUUAUUUCUCGCCUUGACGUAAGGUUCUUUUGACGUAGGCUGUUUAAACAGCUGACGACUUAGUUAUGACGUCAGAAAUGGUGACACACACACCAAUCAAUAUGGUGGCGAUUACCAAAAACGAGGCCGAUAAGCAAUCCUGUGUAGGUGUGUAUCCUCCUUGGCGCUGUAGAACAUCGGUAGAACAUAACCUUAAAUUAUUUGUUGUUAUUUGAGUUUCGGAUUCCUUGGUUGAUUUGGAAAGUUUUGUGUUUAAUUUUUAAUUAAUAAUGUUCAAAUUCAAUUUCUCAAAUGAAAAUAACAAAACUAAAGAAGAAGAAAUUCUUCCUCCAAACACUACAUGGCUAGAAAGCAAGAAAAUCGAACCGAAUGAGGAUGAUGAUGUCUUGAAAGAUAUUUUCAACAACUGUGAAGAAAACAGUUUGGAUUGUAAAGACGUAAAUAUUAAAUACUUCUCAACUGUCGAUGUUUUGAACAUAUUGAAGACUAAUGAAGACUGGGCAUCUUCAGAAAAAUUAUCUGUUUUAAGUGCCGAUCAAAAUCAUUCGGAUUUGCAGACUGCUGUCUAUGAAGGUGGACUUAAAAUUUGGGAAUGUACUUAUGACUUGAUCAGCUACAUGGUUGAUGAAAAUCUAAAUUUAAAUAACAAAAACGUUCUUGAUCUUGGUUGUGGUGCUGGCCUUAUAGGACUAUUAUGUUUAGCUAAAGGCUCAUCGUGUACUUUUCAAGAUUAUAAUGCUGAAAUACUGAAGUAUAUCACAAUACCCAAUGUCAGAUUAAAUGGUGAGGAGGAUUAUUUAAGCAAAAGUAGUUUUCAUUCUGGAGAUUGGGAAUCGUUUACGGAUUUAAUUGGUAUUGAAAAAGAUGAGGACAAAUUUGAUUAUAUAUUCACUUCAGAGACAAUUUAUAAUGCAGAAAACUAUGGGAAAUUACAUGAAUUGUUUGAAAGGCUUCUAAAGAAAGAUGGUGAAAUGUAUCCUUAUGAUCGAUUUUAUAUUAUUUCUUGUUAAACCUAUUUUCCUUAAUUUUUGACAGAUUUCUUGCAGCCAAAUCAUACUACUUUGGAGUCGGCGGAGGAGUAACAUUAUUUGAAAAGUUUGUAGAAGAUAAAAACAAAUUUAAAAGUGAAUUAUGUUGGAAAUGCUCUCAGGGUCUCAAAAGAGAAAUUAUUAAAAUAACAUUUAUAUAAUUAAGUUCAAAAAGAUGUUUUUUAUUUAGAAUGGCCUCCCUACUAUUUUAGUUUCCUUCACAAACCUAAAUAAAAAAAUAAUUUAGAAUUAAAUGUAUGUAAGAAUCACUAAUAAAUUUACCGUUCUGAUAUAAGGUGAUUCAUUAAAGGAAUCCAUUUUGUAUCAAAAGCUUCAACUAUUUCAUCUUCUUGCUUCUUUGGGACUUGUUUAAUCAAUAUUGGCUUAUCUGGUCUAUAAUCU